AUGUCCGCCUUCUCUAAUAACAUUUUCGACCUCCUGAACGAGGAUGGCGACAUCCCUAAGCCUGUUGCUCCCCCCAAGGAGCAAAAGAAGGCUGAAGAGCCCAAGGCCGAGAAGCGCAACACCAAGGCCAAUGGCGCUGGUCCCCGUGAGAAGCGUCGUGGUGGUCGCCAAAACGGUCGUCCCCAACGUGGUCGUCAAUUUGACCGCCACAGCGGUACCGGUAUUGCUGAUUCCGAAAAGAAGGAAAAGCAAGGUUGGGGUCAUCCCGAGACUGCUGAGGCUGAAGCUGCCAAGGACAGCUUGUCCCCCAAGGACCCUGCUGCUGAAGAAGCCGCUGCUGCUGAGGCUGCUGAAGCUGAGGAAAAGGUCAAGACUCUUGAGGAAUACCUUGCCGAAAAGGCCAACAAGUCUUUGAAGGUUGCUCUUCCUGAAGCCCGUAAGGCUAACGAGGGCUCUGAUGACAAGAAGUGGGAAAACGCUGUUGCCUUUGUCAAGGAGGAUGAGCCUGAGUACUUUGCUACUAACAAGGACUCCAAGCCCAAGAAGUCUGCCGAGAAGCCUCGCAAGGAGAAGGUUGUUGUUGAAAUUGAGCAACGCUUCGUUGAAAAGCCCCGUGGUGGUUUCCGUGGUGAACGCCGUGGUGGUGAUCGUCGUGGCCGUGGUAACGGUCGUCGUGGUGCCAAGAACAAUGGCCCUGCUGUCAACAUCCAAGAUGCUGCUGCUUUCCCAUCCCUUGGUGCUUCCGCUUAA